CUGACUGACCGUCCAAAGGCACCGUUGACAAAAUCCACUCCGGUCCCGAGGACACGUUCGCCAUUCCCUUCUCAAUUCUCAUACCACCACGCACGUUUUCCCAAGUACACAAACAAAACACGACUUCCCUUACUCUCACCGCACUAGAUCCAAGCCCCCCACACACGCCCCUUCCCUCACUAGUCAUUUCCAUCAAAAUAACAGUCUCUCUCUCUCUCUUUCUCUCUCUCUCAGUGCCUCUGAUCACAACCUCGCGGAUCGGAUCUCAAUUUUUCCUAUAAAUACACACAGAGACUCCGAUCACUACGCUUCGAAGACUCGGUCUGAUCGGGGCAUAUGAAGUUAUGUGCACAGAACAACGUUUCGCAUUUCACCAGUCUCUGCCGAAAUUCGAUUCUCUGAUCAACUUUUUUCCCGCGCAUUCUCUCGGAAAAUGGCUGCCUCGCCGGUCAAAUUCCUCUUCGGAUUCUUGUUUGUUUCCAUCACAUUGUGGUUGCUCUUCAUCUUUGCUUCCAGGUUGCUGGCAUGGGUUCUAAGCCGGAUUGUGGGAGCAUCUGUUAGAUUUCGGGUUGGUGGAUGGAAAUGUUUACGGGACGUUGUGGUGAAGUUCAACAAGGGUGCUGUUGAAUCUUUAUCUGUUGGUGAAAUUAGACUCAGCUUACGUCAGUCCUUGGUCAAUCUUGGUGUUUCUAAGGAUCCAAAGCUGCAAGUGUUAAUAUGUGACUUAGAAGUUGUAGUGAGGCCUUCAACUACAAGCACAUCAAAGGCUAAAAUUCGAAGACCACGCACCUCAGGAAGGGGGAAGUGGAUGGUUGUUGCUAACAUUGCAAGAUAUUUGUCGGUUUCUGUGACAGAUUUGGUUGUGAAGACACCCAAAGUUACUGUUGAAGUUAAGGAACUGACCGUGGAUAUUUCUAAAGAUGGUGGAUCCAAGCCAAAUCUAGUCGUUAAGCUACAUAUAUUACCUAUUUUUGUUCACAUUGGUGAACCACAGGGUGGUUGUGACCAAGCAUCCAAUUUUAACAGUGGAGGAUACAUUUCCACAGGACAGUCAUCCCUUGCCAUGAUUGAUAGAUCUUCUGCUCCAUUUAGCUGUGAAGAAUUCUCUCUAUCUUGUGAAUUUGGUCAUGAUAGGGAAGUAGGUGUAAUUACCAAGAAUCUGGAUAUUACCAGUGGGGAGGUCACUGUGAAUCUUAAUGAGAAGUUGCUUUCAAAAAGCAAGAGUUCAUCAGACACUUUUUCUCAUUCUGAUAAAGUUAUGGACUCAACUGUUGAUUCUGUGGGUGCUAAAAGUCCACAGAAAAAACAAGCUCUUGUAGGCCUUUCAAAGUACACGUCUAUGUUUCCAGAAAAGGUUUGCUUCGUUUUGCCAAAAUUGGAUGUGAGAUUUGUGCAUCAAGAGCAUGAUCUUGUUGUUGAGAACAACAUCAUGGGCAUUCAACUAAAAAUAAUCAAAUCUCGAUCCAGUGAAGAUGUGGGGGACAGUACACGCCUUGAUGUACAAAUGGAUUUCAGUGAGAUUCACCUGCUCAGAGAAGCUGGUACUUCAGUUUUGGAGAUACUGAAAGUUGAUGUUGUUUCUUUUCUAUACAUACCGAUACAGCCGACCUUGCCUGUUAGAGCUGAAAUUGAUAUUAAACUGGGGGGCACUCAGUGUAACAUUAUAAUGAGUAGAUUAAAGCCGUGGUUACGCCUCCACUACUCAAAAAAGAAAAGAAUGGUGCUUCGGGAGGAAUUGUCGGCUCCUGAAAAGCCUCGAUCUACUGAAUCCAAGGCCAUCAUGUGGACAUGUACAGUCUCAGCCCCUGAGAUGACUAUUGUGCUUUAUAGCAUCAGUGGUGUACCAGUAUAUCAUGGUUGCUCACAAUCGUCACAUGUGUUCGCAAAUAACAUAUCAAAUACGGGAACUGCGGUACAGAUGGAACUUGGUGAAAUAAAUUUGCACAUGGCUGAUGAAUAUCAAGAAUGCUUAAAAGAAAGCCUUUUUGGCGUGGAAUCAAAUUCUGGUUCUUUAAUGAACAUUGCAAAGGUUAGUUUGGAUUGGGGCAAGAAGGACAUGGAGAUAUCUGAAGAAGAUGGUCCUAGGUGUAAAUUGGUUCUAUCUGUUGAUGUAACUGGUAUGGGUGUUUACUUAACUUUUAAGCGUCUUGAGUCGCUUAUAUCAACUGCUAUGUCCUUUCAAAAUCUCUUGAAAAAGCUGUCUGCAUCUGGAAAAAGAACAACACACAGUCGGGGAGGGCGUUCAUCCAAAUCAUCAGGGAAAGGGACACGACUCUUGAAAUUUAAUCUUGAGCGGUGUUCUGUAAACUUCUGUGGUGAUGUAGGUUUGGAGAACAUAGCUGUUGCAGAUCCCAAGCGUGUCAAUUAUGGAUCACAGGGUGGUCGAGUUGUCAUCAGUGUCUCAGCUGAUGGAACGCCACGCUGUGCAAAAGUAAUGUCCACAAUUUCUGAAGAAUGCAAAAAGUUGAAAUAUUCUCUCUCUCUUGACAUUUUCCAUUUCAGUUUGUCUGUGAACAAGGAGAAACAAUCCACACAAUUGGAACUUGAAAGGGCCAGAUCUGUUUAUCAGGAAUAUUUGGUGGAACAUAAGCCUGCAACAAAAGUGACAUUGUUUGACAUGCAGAAUGCUAAAUUUGUACGUCGUACUGGUGGUCUGAAAGACAUUGCUGUCUGCUCUCUUUUCAGUGCUACCGAUAUUAUGGUCAGGUGGGAGCCUGACAUACAUCUAUCACUAAUUGAACUUGUUUUGCAAUUGAAGUUGCUGGUACAUAAUCAGAAGCUUCAGAGACAUGCUAAUGAAUCUGUGGAAGAUGUCUCUAGCAUGGGGGAUACUGUGCAUAAGAAAGAAGCCACGACGGAAUCCGGACAUUUAGAUAAGCACUCUAAAAGGGAAUCAAUAUUUGCUGUUGAUGUAGAAAUGUUGCGUAUAUCUGCAGAGGCUGGAGAUGGGGUUGAUGCAAUGGUUCAGGUUCAGUCUAUCUUCUCUGAGAAUGCCCGCAUAGGAGUACUACUGGAAGGGCUUAUGCUUAGUUUCAAUGGGACAAGAGUAUUCAGAAGUAGCCGGAUGCAAAUUUCACGUAUUCCUAGUGCCUCUAUCGAUGCAAAAGCACCAGUAGGCACCACAUGGGAUUGGGUAAUCCAAGGCCUCGAUGUUCAUAUUUGCAUGCCAUACAGGUUGCAAUUGCGUGCCAUUGAUGAUGCCAUUGAGGAUAUGUUGCGUGGUUUGAAGCUUAUAACUGCUGCUAAAACUAAUCUUAUAUUUCCUAUGAAGAAAGAAAGCUCAAAAGCUAAAAAGCCCAGUUCAAUGAGAUUUGGAAGUGUAAAGUUUUGCAUACGCAAGCUAACUGCCGAUAUUGAGGAAGAACCUUUGCAGGGUUGGCUUGAUGAACACUAUCGGCUAAUGAAGAAUGAGGCUUGUGAAUUAGCUGUCAGGUUGAAAUUUCUUGAUGAAUAUAUCUCCAAAGCCAACCAAUGUCCUAAAACAGCUGAAACAAAUGAUUCUGCUCAAGAAAAAAAGACCUACUUUGAUGGAGCAGAGGUUGAUGCACAAAAGCCAUUAGAUUUUCGCCAAAUGGAAGAAGAAAUUUAUAAACAGUCAUUCCGAUCAUAUUACAAGACCUGUCAGAGUCUAGAACCAUCAGAAGGUUCAGGUGCCUGUAGGGAAGGGUUUCAGGCUGGUUUUAAGCCUAGCACCUCCAGAACUUCUCUUCUUUCUAUUUCUGCGACAGAUUUAGAUGUAACCUUGACUAGAAUUGAUGGUGGAGAUACUGGGAUGAUAGAAGUUCUUAAGAAGCUUGAUCCUGUCUGUCUUGAAAAAAAUAUACCAUUUUCUCGACUGUAUGGGAGUAAUAUUCUCUUGCAAACAGGUUCUCUUGUUGUUCAGCUACGAAAUUACACAUUUCCUCUCUUUUCUGCGACUUCUGGUAAAUGUGAAGGUCGUGUUGUGCUAGCACAGCAGGCAACAUGUUUUCAGCCUCAAAUUUACCAAGAUGUCUUUGUUGGGAGAUGGAGAAAGGUGAAUAUGCUUCGUUCAGCUAGUGGUACAACUCCACCAGUGAAAACAUACUCAGAUUUGCCUAUAUAUUUUCAGAAAGCAGAAGUAUCCUUUGGAGUGGGAUAUGAGCCAGCUUUUGCUGAUGUGAGCUAUGCUUUUACUGUGGCUCUUCGCAGGGCUAAUCUAAGCACUAGGAAUGUUAAUUCUAUUCCAACUCAGCCGCCAAAAAAGGAACGGAGCUUACCAUGGUGGGAUGAUGUAAGAAAUUACAUUCAUGGAAAUAUCACCUUAAUCUUUUCUGAAACCAGAUGGAAUGUACUUGCUACUACUGAUCCUUAUGAAAAACUUGACAAACUUCAAAUUAUCUCUAGUUCGAUGAAGAUCCAACAGUCAGACGGUCGUGUUUAUGUUUCAGCAAAGGAUUUUAAGAUGUUGUUGAGCAGUUUGGAGAGUUUGGCAAGCCGUCGUGGUUUAAAACUUCCUAGUGGCGUGUCUGGUCCGUUACUGGAAGCCCCAGCCUUCACUCUCGAAGUUACUAUGGACUGGGAAUGUGAAUCUGGAAAUCCACUUAAUCAUUAUUUAUAUGCACUUCCCAUUGAAGGGGAAGCUCGCGAAAAAGUUUUUGACCCCUUCAGAUCAACUUCUCUGUCCCUCCGGUGGAAUUUCUCUCUUAGACCCCUUCUUUCAUCAUCUGAGAAACAAUCCCCACCUUCCACUUUGGAAGAUAGUGCAGGUGUAGAUGGAACUGUCUAUGGUCCUCCUCAUAAGCUUGAGAAUGUUUCAAAUGUUUCACCAACAUUGAAUAUUGGUGCCCAUGAUCUAGCAUGGAUACUAAAAUUCUGGAGCAUGAAUUAUAUUCCUCCUCACAAAUUGCGUUCCUUCUCUCGCUGGCCUCGUUUUGGAAUUCCAAGAGCUGCCAGAUCAGGGAAUUUGUCAUUGGACAAAGUGAUGACAGAGUUUAUGCUCCGCGUAGAUGCUGCGCCUACUUGUAUGAAACACAUGCCAUUAGAUGAUGAUGACCCGGCCAAAGGACUGACAUUUAAUAUGACAAAGCUGAAGUAUGAACUAUGUUACAGUCGAGGUAAGCAAAAAUAUACUUUCGAAUGCAAGCGUGACCCUCUUGAUCUCGUUUACCAGGGUCUUGACCUUCAUAUGCCUAAGGCAUUCUUAAAUAAAGAAGAUAGCACCAGUGUUGCAAAAGUAGUUCAAAUGACAAGGAAAAGCACCCAAUCUGCAUCCAUGGAUAGAGUUCCCAGUGAUAAAAGUAACUCUGUGACUGGAUGCACCGAGAAGCAUCGUGAUGAUGGAUUUCUGUUAUCAUCUGAUUAUUUCACAAUCAGAAGGCAGGCGCGAAAGGCUGACCCUGCUAGGUUAUUAGCCUGGCAGGAGGCUGGAAGAAGAAAUCUUGAGAUGACUUAUGUCAGAUCUGAGUUUGAAAAUGGGAGUGAGAGUGAUGAGCAUACACGAUCUGACCCAGAUGAUGACGAUGGGUACAAUGUUGUAAUAGCUGACAAUUGUCAGCGCAUUUUUGUUUACGGCCUCAAGCUUUUAUGGACUAUUGAGAAUAGAGAUGCCGUUUGGUCCUGGGUUGGUGGCAUAUCCAAGGCAUUUGAACCUCCAAAGCCAUCUCCUUCUCGGCAGUACGCACAGAGGAAGUUACUUGAGGAGAAUCAGCUACAUAGUGGAGUUGGAACACAUCAGGAUGAUGUGCCUAAGCCCCCUUCUAAUAGCCACAGUGCAAGUGUUCCCUCUACUCAAAAUGCUGAGACUUCAUCAUCUCCUUCACAUUCAGUUAAAAUGGAGAACUUGUCAGUUGCUGCUGCUGCAAUGAAAAAAUUAAGCAUGGCUGAUUCUGAGGAGGAUGGUACUCGUCAUUUCAUGGUGAAUGUUAUUGAGCCACAGUUUAAUCUUCACUCGGAAGACGCCAAUGGUAGAUUUCUGCUUGCUGCAGUCAGUGGUCGUGUUUUGGCCCGAUCAUUUCAUUCAGUCCUCCAUGUUGGUUAUGAGAUGAUUGAGCAGGCACUUGGUACUGGAAAUGUACAUAUCCCUGAAUGUCAACCUGAAAUGACAUGGAAACGCAUGGAGUUCUCUGUCAUGUUGGAGCACGUGCAGGCUCAUGUUGCACCAACUGAUGUUGACCCAGGGGCUGGAUUGCAGUGGCUUCCAAAAAUUCUUAGAAGCUCUCCAAAAGUAAAACGUACUGGUGCUUUACUUGAAAGGGUUUUUAUGCCCUGUGAUAUGUAUGUUCGAUACACAAGGCACAAAGGUGGGACUCCUGAACUAAAGGUGAAGCCUUUAAAGGAGCUCAUUUUCAAUUCUCAUAAUAUAACAGCAACAAUGACAUCUCGGCAGUUUCAGGUCAUGCUGGAUGUGUUGACCAAUCUUCUUUUUGCACGGCUUCCAAAGCCUCGAAAAAGUAGUCUAUCAUUGCCUACUGAAGAUGAUGAUGAUGUUGAAGAGGAGGCAGAUGAGAUGGUUCCAGAUGGUGUCGAAGAAGUAGAACUUGCAAAAAUCAACCUUGAAAAGACAGAGCAAGAGCAGAAGUUGCUUCUUGAUGACAUUAGGAAAUUGUCUCUCAGGUGUAGUACAUCCAGUGACCUAUAUCCAGAAAAGGAAGCUGAUUUGUGGAUGAUAACUGGAGGAAGAUCUACCUUGGUGCAAGGUCUAAAGAGAGAUCUUGUAAAUGCACAAAAAUCAAGGAAGGCAGCAUCUGCGUCAUUAAGAAUGGCACUGCAGAAAGCUGCUCAGUUACGAUUGAUGGAGAAGGAAAAGAACAAAAGUCCCUCAUAUGCCAUGCGUAUUUCUUUGCAAAUUAACAAAGUUGUUUGGAGCAUGCUUGUAGAUGGUAAAGCUUUUGCUGAAGCUGAGAUUAAUGACAUGAUUUAUGACUUUGACCGGGAUUACAAAGAUGUUGGUGUUGCUCAGUUCACAACAAAAUUUUUUGUUGUCAGGAACUGCGUGACUAAUGCCAAGUCUGCUAUGCUUUUAUCUGCAUGGAACCCUCCGCCCGAAUGGGGAAGAAACUUCAUGCUUCGUGUAGAUGCAAAGCAGGGAGCUCCAAGAGAUGGGAACUCUCCACUUGAACUUUUCCAGGUAGAGAUUUAUCCCCUUAAGAUCCAUUUAACGGAGAUGAUGUAUAGAAUGAUGUGGGAAUAUUUCUUCCCUGAAGAAGAGCAAGAUUCACAGCGGCGGCAGGAAGCAUGGAAGGUUUCAACGACUGCUGGUUCAAAACGUGUAAAGAAAGGCUCAUCAAUCCUUGAAGCCUCUGCAUCAAGUAGUCAUUCAGCAAAAGAGUCUGACAUUGCAUCCAAAUCAAGUGCCUCUGCCCCUGUUACCAAUCAACCUUCUGUCCAUGCUGAUUCUGCUCAAGCAUCAAAGUUGCAAAACAUAAAAGAAAAUUCUACUAGUGGUUCAACCUCAGAAUUAAGAAGAACAUCAUCCUUUGAUAGAUCAUGGGAGGAGACUGUUGCAGAAUCUGUAGCUAAUGAACUUAUCUUACAGAGCAUUUCUUCCUCAAAAAAUGGGCCACUUGGUUCUGUUGACCAACCAGAUGAAUCCUCUAAAAAUAAGUUGAAAGAGUCCAAAGCUAUCAAAUCUGGUCGAUCCUCUCAUGAGGAGAAAAAGUUAGUGAAGUCUCAAGAAGAGAAAAGAUCUAGACCUCGGAAAAUGAUGGAGUUCCACAAUAUCAAGAUAAGUCAGGUUGAGCUAUUGGUUACCUAUGAGGGAUCAAGGUUUGUUGUAAAUGAUCUGAAGUUGCUUAUGGAUACAUUUCAUCGUGUUGAGUUCACUGGAACUUGGCGGAGACUGUUCUCACGAGUUAAGAAGCAUAUUAUCUGGGGAGUCCUGAAGUCUGUCACGGGAAUGCAGGGUAAGAAGUUCAAAGACAAAGUACACAGUCAAAGGGAAUCCAGUGGAACUGGUGUUCCUGAUAGUGACCUAAAUUUCAGUGACAAUGAAGGAGGUCAGGCAGGGAAGUCUGAUCAGCAUCCAAUUUCCUGGAUUAAGCGUCCAAGUGAUGGAGCAGGUGAUGGAUUUGUCACUUCCAUCAGGGGACUUUUCAAUACUCAACGUCGCAAGGCCAAGGCAUUUGUGUUGCGGACUAUGAGGGGUGAUGCAGAGAAUGAUUUCCAAAAUGAUUGGAGUGAGAGUGAUACAGAGUUUUCUCCCUUUGCUAGGCAGCUCACCAUAACCAAAGCUAGGAGGCUUAUUAGGCGGCAUACAAAGAAGUUCCGCUCAAGACAAAAAGGUUCAUCCUCCCAACAGAAGGACUCACUUCCAUCAUCACCAAGGGAGACCACUCCAUAUGAGAGUGAUUCUUCUAGUGGAUCCUCGCCUUAUGAGGAUUUUCAUGAAUAGAAGCAUCUCUAUAGUCGGGAUUUGUCGAAGGCCUUUAAGGAGUACACAUCGCAGGGUCCAUCAGUACCUACUCAAUUGAGGGGGUACAGAAAUUGAGCAAUUGUAGUUUGUUUGGCUUUUUGAGCACCCUGGAUGAAGGGCUUGAGAGAUUCAUCCUGCCACAUUAUCUUCAAAUAUAAUGCCAGAUGGGGGACACCAAGAAUGGACGAGAUGAAUAUGUGCCUUUAGGGAUAUCAAAGUUAUCAACUAGAAACAUAAUGGCUGGAGCCUACAUUCAACAGUGAUUCACUGCAAGGACCCGAGUCGAACACGCCUGCAGCUUAGUCCAAGAUCCUAAACUCUCUUGGCCCAAGGGAAGAAAUAAUCCCUUUGCCUCAAGGGGGUGUCUAUUUGUAUAUUUUUGUAGCUUACGUAAAGGGGGAGAAUAGUCUCCAAAAUUUUUGAGUUACCACAAUUUUGUUAUUUUGUACAUACAUUAAAAUAUAUUUUACCCAAUAGAAAUAAAGUUAUAUUUCCUUC